UCUAGGUAUCAGAAGUCUGAACGCGUUAAUUUACUGCUCUAAAAUUGUAUGGCAGUAUAGUGAUGGGUGCGACUUCAUCGUCCCACCGGAGAUACGGUGUUCUUUUAUUAGUCAGCAAUACCUUUAUGUCAGUUUGACACUUUAGAUUUUGAACAGUAGCAACACAAAGAUUUUGCUGUCGUGAAGUUCGCAUGUGAUGUUUUGUGAAAAGUGUUGAUUUUUACGAAUAUACUUGUAUAAUUUUAGUGUGCUGUGUUUUAAAAGUGUUUAUAAACAUAUAAGUGUGAAUUCUGUGUUCUGUUUAGUGUGUUAUCGGCUUGUGAUUGCCGAAAAAAUAGUUACAUGGAUAAAGCAGUCAGUCGAGGUUGUAAGAUAUGGAGUCCCACAUACUGAACACAUAUCACCAGGCACGGUACCGGACGAUCGGUCACAAGGUGAUGAGAGCGAAGAGCGAUUCCCUUUCUUCAUCGGAGGGCAGCUAUAAUCACAACAGCCCGGACUAUUCUCGUAUCGCGGCCCAGCAUGGCGGUUACGCGGAUAGAACGCGCUCCGACGACAGCAACGUUGACGACUGGUGCCAGAAUCAGGUGAUAAACACAACACAAACAAGCCACGACACAACAUCUGAUGAAGAAAGCUCUCACGAUGAAGACCUUGAUGAUGAAGACAACAUUGUCGUGCAGGAAAUCAACGUGGAAGACGUUGACGUGGACGACGACGACGAAGAUGAUGAGGAGGCGAUAGCUCCAGGGUUAAGAAAUGUGCAUGCCGCAAUUGUAGGAAGCGAUGAUACGCUUGUUGAAGGACAUGAUUACGAUGUCAUCACGGUAUACACUGUCAACCCAGAUUUAGAUUUACUCGAAGCAUCAUCAGACGAAGAGAAAGAUUCUGAUAAUGCAAAUGAAAAUGAAACUGAGGCUGUGGAGGAAGAUAACAAUUACAAAGUUAACUUUGUACAACCAGCUACUGAUAUAAGGAGGCGUGUCAUGGACAUGUUGUCGACGCCAAUCGAAUCUAAUGUGGAAGAGUUUUUACUCAAGAACGGUAGCAUACUAAAUACAGACGAACCGGUCGUGAAUGAUGUCGAUGAAUAUUUCAUCAAAGAGAAACCACCGACGCCAAUACCUGAUGUUGAUGAGUUUUUUGUUAAAACCAAACCGGCGGAGUCGAUUCCUGAAAUAACACCUAACAUUGACGAAUUUCUUGUCAAAGAACCAAUUAAGAAAGAGCCUCUUCCUAAUGUGGACGAGUUUUUCGUCAAAACAGAGACAGUGGGAACGCCCGAAGCGACUGCAUCAGUUUCGAAGCCUGAGAACAAUGGAGACGUUUCCAUCAAUGAUUUGGAGGUGCUACCUAACAUUGAGGAAUUGAAGAGAUAUCUCCUAGAGGAUAUGUCUUAUGCUAAAUUCAGGAGUAUACAGAAAUCUUGCUCAGUCCCACAGUCACCCAUGCAGAGUAUAUUAGACAUAGACGAUACUAAAACAUGCCUAAGUUUUGAAGAUCUAAACUUAGACCUGUCGGAUCUCACUUUCGACAAUGAUAAAGACAAGUCUGAUCUUACCGACAAAAGCGAUGAUAUGCCACGUACGCUGACCGAUGAUGACAUAAACAGCUUCCUGAUCACAAGCAAAACGGAACACAAAGAAUCCGAGAGGUACGAAGAUGAUCUUAGUCAUCAGGAUAUGGAAAUCGAGAAACCGCUCGAGCCAAAAAUUGAACCUGCGAUUCCAAAAGUUAAAAUUGUAACAACAAAAAUUGAACCUCCAGUUAUUUUGAAGAGGAAGCCGGCGGCACCAGUACCCGUCGUCACACCAACUGUUCUAGAUUUUUGUAUAGAAAAAACUAAGAUAAAAAAGGAGGUGGAAUCAAAAAUCGAAGUUGACGAUUUCGUUGACGUCGAAUCGUGUAAUGAUUCUUCUAUACCAGUUUUGGAAGCCAACAACUUGAAUUCAUUGUUAGAACAAUUCGAGGCUACAGAGAAACUGAACACAAAGAAGAGGACAGUUGUUAAGGCUGAGGAGAAACCUAAAUCAUCGAAAUACAGCCUGACCAAUGGCAUGCGGCUGCAAGAUGCCGGUGUCCAGCUGAACAAGAACAAAAUGCGGCAAAUACUGAUGCCGUCGACCAUAAACAAGGUGAUAAGGUCUCCUAGUCCGGUUCACUCUGACCACGAUUACUGCUCUUCGAAAAAGCGACACAGUCUCCCUAGUGUGAGGGGCGGACAGAGUCUUCUCAAACCCGAGGUGCUGUCCAGCAACAGUCGAAUACUCAACUCGAGGCACAGGUCGUGCAAAAACAAAAAAGUAGUUUACCAUUUGAGCAGUGACGAGGAAACAGAAAAAAGUGACAAUAAACAAAAAAAAGUGACUAAUCAAAGUGACGACGUGAACUUGCGCAAAAAAGUCAUAAAGCAACCUAUAAAGUCGCCCGUUCAGUCUAAUUGCCGUAAAAAACUUUCGCCUCCACACGUUGUGCCCGAAGAAAGUGUCAAAGAUAAACAUAAAAAUACUGUGAUUUCUAAAAAAGCUUCAAAAGCUAGUGAUACUCCGAGUAGUCAAAAAACGAACGGUAGCAUUAAGUUAACAAUUAAAAAUAAAUCUGAAGUAAUAUUGAACUGUGAUUUUAAAGACUCUCAGAAAGAUAAAAACUUAGAAAAGUGUAAGUCUAGUGUUAGUGAUAAACAAUGUAACGAUGUUAGUAAAACUGUAAAUAUUAAGCAAGAAAAAAUUAAAGAAGUAGAUAGGCACGAAAACAAAAAAAUUAGUAACACAGAGACUGUGACUGUUAAGGAAGAAUCCCGUCCAAGAGAGGAACAUUUUUAUACAGCACUUUUUAGUAAUAAGCAAGAUGUCCAAGUACCUCAAGUGAUUCAAGUCAAAGCAGAGAAAAGGCCGUUUGACGAAGAGAUGACCAAAAUCGCGGAAGAGGCUGUCAAGAAGGAAUUGGAACAACCACUGAAGAAGAAAAAGCUAAAUCUGCAAGAGUAUAAAUUGCGGAGAGGCGUGAGUUCGAACAAUAGUUCGACGACGGUCAGUCCCGAGGCCAUAUUCCCGGACAUGCCGAGUCCGUCUUGCUUAGAUAAGCUGAAGUACGCUGUACCUCGGACACCUCCGAACACCAACAACACAAACACGCACAAAACGCAAAACGAAGCGCCCAAGAAAAUAUUCGAUCCUAUUAAAGAAGCGUCUAGAAAGAUACUCAUGAAUUCGAGAAAGCACAAAGCCGAGGCAAUGAGGAAGCGAGAUGAAGAUAUUGUCAUGAGUAAAAUUCCAAAAGUCGAUAUUCUUGAAUUGAAACCUCUGAUCAGUGAGGAUGAGAUGUUGCAAAUAUCUAAGAUGACUGCCCCUGAAGCAUUACCUGUGCCGGUAAAACCGCAACUAUCACCUAAUUACGAAGAGAUCAUUUUAGUCAGCGUCGGUGUUAAUACUGAUGAAAACGUAUUCAAAGAAAUGGACGCUGAAAAGAGGAUAAAAGCUGAAAAACGAAAAUCCAGUUCACCACCAAAAGGCUCGAAAUGUCUAAUUAACUUUAAAAUUAAGAAAUCUGAUCACGUCUUGAAGCAAAACGUUUUUGAUAGUGUGAAGAAAGACAAACGGAAUCUAAACGAUGAUUGCAAACACGAAUCAAAAAUCGACAAGGAUAGAUACAAAGACAUUACCGCGACAUUGAAAAGCGUCGAGAAACAAGUCGAAACUAAGAUAUCUAGUAAUUCGUUAUUUGCUAGUAUACAAGACGUGGUCAUGAAGAAGGCUCCAGGCGAUGUAGUUGAAAAGCCACAUGAAGUUAGACGCUGCAAAUCUAAAUCCCCACAGCACAAAGAACAAACAGUCGCCUCUGUGUCUAUAAUCCGUGACUAUGACCCCAAAGCUGAGCACGGAGAAGAUAAAGUUAUCUUACACUUGGUCAAAGGUAGAAGGAAACCAAAGUCUUCCAGUAGCAUAGUUCAAACCGAUCCGAUACCAGCCCAAAGUGAAUCAAUUACAGAUAACACAAACAGAAGGAGAAAUGACAGUGACAUGUCGGUGUCCAGUGAUAACAGCACUAAGAAGAAAGAAAAGACUGAUAUUGUCAAAUCUAGACCAGAUAGGAUAGAGAAAAAAGAUUCUAGACGUUCUAGGUCCAAAGAGAGAUACGACGCCAAACAUAGACGGAGAUCGAGGUCUAGGAGCAGGAGAAGGAGGCACAGAUCUAUAAGCAAGAGCAGAUCUCGUUCAAGAGGGAGAUACAAGCGCUUCAGACGUUCGGACUCACCUUAUACUGCCAAAGGCAGAUCAAGCUCCCGUAGACGGAGGUCACCAUCAGCUAAAAAAGAAAAACAAUUAAAAUCGGUAUCCAGACCGAGAAGUAGGUCGUUGACGCCAAUUAAAAGGCCAAAAUCGAGUCCUCAGAUUAAUAACAAUGUUAAUGAGAAAAAACUUAACUCGGCCACACCUCCACUUAGGAAAUCUACUGUGUCCGAAAGCUCUGAUUCUUCAUCUAGUUCAUCAUCAUCGUCUUCCAGCAGUUCGUCGAGUAGCUCUCGCAAGUCUGCAAACUCACCGCGCUCGUCCAGCACUUACAAACCAGACGAGAACUACACGAAGAAAGCUUACAGAAGCUACAGCUCUGAGGAUAGAGACAGCAAUACGCCCGUCGAAGAGAGACGGAUAGUGUUCGUCGGUAGGUUAGAGAAGGACAUAACGAAGUCUACCCUGCGGAGUCAGUUCGUUAAAUACGGACCGGUCAUUGAAGUCAGGCUUCACAGCAAAGAGGAUGGGUCUCGUUACGGGUUCGUGACGUACCAGAGGGCGAGGGACGCGUGGAGCGCGGUGGAGGCGGCCGCCGCCUUCCCUCAGUACGACGUGGGCUUCGGCGGCAGGAGGGCCUUCUGCAGACAGAGCUACGCCGACCUGGACGGACUCGAAGCUAAGUACACGGAGAGCGCGUUCCACGGUCAGGCCGCGAUCCCGGCGCGGCGCACCGACGACAUGUCCUUCGAGCAGAUGCUCCUCGAGAUGAAGAAGAAGCUGAGCCAGCGGAAGAGUGACAAGAAGCGCGGCGACGCCACCAAGCCUUGACGGUCGCCGCGGUCCACACUCCCCCGGACGAGUGCUCUGUGUGGCUCUGAGCCCUUUUCUUUUUUCCUACCUAAGCUGAGAGCCUUGAGAGGCUAUAUCAGCGUAACCUUAACUAGUAGGUGACCUCACGGGGCUCAAACCUGAUGA